AUGCUGCAACACAAAGUUCGCAAGGCGUGCGACUUUUGCUACCGCAGGAGAAUCAAAUGCGACGCACAAAAGCCCCGAUGCACCAAUUGCACUCUACAUGACUCGGUCUGUGCUUUCGGGGCUGCGAGCCGUAAGGCGCGGACCAGACGUCGGGAGUCGAGUGAAGAUAUUGCAGUCCUGCGGGAGCAGGUAGAGUCUCUCGAAUCGAGUCUGGAACAAGCCCUGAAGAGGAUCGAGGAGCUUCAAAGUCUUAUGCCGAGAUGGGAGACGAACUCAGAGGUCCAAGCUGUCUCUCCCAGCAUCCCUGAAGACUACGUUCUCUUGGUACAGAAAGAACUUCCCAAUGCACGCAUGGAACUUCCGCCGCGCCAGGACGUUUUGUCUGCGACGGAAGCGUACCUCACGACGCUGAACGCCGUUCUUCCGCUGUUCCACCCGGGCCGACUCCUGCAAUCCAUCAACGACUGGUACACGUAUCCUGAUCGGAGAGAGCGGACGACGUGGGCGGCCAUCAACGUGGUCCUCGCGCUAGCUCACCGUCAAAUACCCGCGACACCAGGCGAGAGUAGCGCGGCGGACUACCUGCACAACGCCCAGACAGUGCUCUCCGAGGUGAUCAUGGGCGACGCAGAUCUUCUCAACGUCCAGAUCCUGGUGGGGAUGGUCAUGCUCUUCCGGGGCACGCAAGAUGUCAAGCCCGCGACGAUGCUGAUCGCCGUUGCUCUACGUCUGGCGCACGAAUUGGGCCUGCAUACCCGGAGAAGCACCGAGAAGCACCGCCUCGACCAUUCGCAGGUCUUGGAACGGGACCGAGUCUUCUGGAUCGCAUACAUCCUCGACAGAGAUAUCAGCUUACGCGCAGGUCAGCCCCCUGUACAGCGCGAGGCCGAUAUUGAACUCGAAUACCCGUCAGCAGAGCCCGAAGACGGUGCUGGAACGGUUGCCAUAACUUCCAACACUGACUGUACCGUUCCAUUCAGCUUCCUCCGCUGCCGCGUCCAACUCGCCCAGAUCCAAGGUGAAGUCUACGACUUUAUGGUUGCGACCCGCGCCGGCAUGGGGACAUCGGUUGACUCGGCGCGCGACGAGGACGUGGCACAGCUGAACCACAUGCUGGACGCAUGGCUCUCCAGCAUCCCGCCACCGUUUCGGCCCAGCGCCAUCCUCCAAGCCGGCCAGCAGAACCUGAGCAGGAGCUUCGCGGUCCUCUAUUCGGCCCACCUCGCCUGUCGGACGCAGGUAUACCGCGCACAUGCCAUGGCAUCGCACUGGGUCCAGAGUCUCCGCACUUUUGGCAGAACAGUGAUGAACUCGCCGGGUCCUGUCCCUGUCUCUGUCUCUAUCGUCCCUGUCCAAGCGCCAGUGCCAGUGCCUGUUCCACUCCCUCUACCAACCCCGUCCCUGCAGGACUGGGAGAAACUCAUCGCCGAGACGCGAGAGUACAUGCGGCUCUUCUGGGGUGUGGAACACCGAGACCAGGCGUUUAUCUGGUUAGCAAAACCACCCUUUCUUUCCCCCUUGAAAUAUCAAUUCCCUCCCAAAAUCUCCCUCCCCCCCCUACCCCUAGGACCGACCAGAUCACCAGCUGACUUUAUCUUCUCUCCCCCCGCGAUUCAUUGGCUCCUACAGGAUGACCGCCUGCACAUACGUCUCGGGCUCAAUCUGUCUGACCGCCAACAUCAUGUUCGAGCCCGCCACUCGGGCGUGCACCACGACCUACCCUGGUGA